CCCUCUCUCGAUCACCCUCUGCUUCUCUCGCCUCCCCGCUGUUCCCUCUCUCCAUCAAGCACCGCCACCCCUCCUCCGCAUGGAUCGGACUGUCAAGCGGCGAAAGACCUCAGCAGCGGCCGCUUCCGCCUCUGCUGAGGCCGCUGCCGCCUCUUCUGAGGCCGCGGCCGCCUCCGCUAAGGCCGCUGCCGCAUCCGCCGGAUAUAUUGCAGACGGCGAUGUCAACUCGGAUGCCGAACCAGUUGCGGACGCCGUCCCCGUCCCAAUCGCCAACCCCGAAGCCGUCCCCGACGCCGUCACCGUCCCCGUCCCCGUCCCUGAAGCCGUCCCCAUCCCCGACCUCAAUGUUCCGGUCCCCGUUCCCGACCCCGUCCCCGUCCCCGUUCCAGUCGCCGUCCCCAUCCCCGACCUCAAUCUCCCGGUCCCCGUUCCCGACGCCGUACCCGUCCCCGUUCCAGUCGCCGCCCCCGCUGUCCCGGUUCCCGUUCCCGUUCCCGACGCCGUCCCCGUCCCCGUUCCAGUCGCCGUCCCCGCAGCUCACCCCGCGAUCCCGGCUAUAGAGAUUCAGUACACGUACGACGAAGCAGGGAGACUCACGGCCGUCCAAUACAUAACAAGGCCAAAUGUCUAUCUACAGAGCUUGAGGUUUGGCACUGGCAGUGGAGAAAAGAGCGGCUAA